UUUCUGACCCCUUGAAAACCAGAUUAAGAACAAGGACGCUUCAGAAACAUUGGUCCACUCUGAGUGUCGACACCUGACGAUCGUCUCGAACAAGUUAGAACUGAAUUCUUCCUCAAAGUCAGUGAAGUGCAGUGCGGAUCAUCAUGGCCAUUCGUCACAUCGUGGAGAUUGCUGUGAUCCUGGCGGUCGUUUUGGCCUCUGAAGGAAAGUCUUUGGAUGCAGUAAAGGCGAGGGAGGCAAGGAGUGCACUGAGGGGUAUGUCGGGGGGAUGGCAGUCAAAGCUCUUUUUGCUAGCGAAGUCUCUAGACCUGCUCCCUAAGGGGGAUCCGGAAGAUCAGCCCUUCAACAUGCCAAUCGAGGAAGUAGCCACCAUUGAAGGUCGCGGAACAGUGGCAAGGGGCAAGAUUAGAAGCGGGGUCAUCAAAGUUGGAGACGAAGUUUCGAUAGUUGGAAUAAAGGAAACAACUACUACGACUUGCACAGGCCUGGAGAUCGAUGGAAAAGUAUUGGAUGAAGGCGAGGAUAGUGCCGGGGGGCGCGUAGGUGUCCUGCUGAGAGAUACGAAGCCGGAUGAGGUGGUACGUGGGCAGGUGUUGGCCAAGCCUGGAAGCAUGACUGCUCACACCAAGUUUGAAGCUGGGGUAUACAUGCUGACUAAAGACGAAGGUGGACGUGACACGCCGAUAUCAGAAGCUUAUCGACCUAAGUUCUUUUUCCGGACCAUUGAAGUUGAAGGAGCCAUCGAGCUUCCCGAGAGCGUGGACAUGGUGCAGCCAGGAGAUGACGUCAUGAUGAUAGUAACCCUGACAACCCCCAUCGCCAUGGAAAUACCUCAGAUGUUUAUGAUCGUUGAAGCUGGACGGACAGUCGGUGCUGGGAUUGUGGCUAAGAUAGUGGAAUAGGCUUCAAGGUGCUUUACAUUGUUAUUAGAGCUUUUACAUUUUUCUAUUCAUCAUUCCUUUUUGUAAAGAUUCUUUACAGAAAAGUUUUAUGUAACUACCCCACCCAUGUCAUCGCAUAACAUACAUGUAACAUACAAGUAUAUAAGUCACAUGUAAGCAGUUUAUAAUCGUAUGUCUAAAUUUUGGAAACAAAACCAUAUUGACUCCUAAAAUUAGCCAUUAAGUGUAGUAGAAGCACAGAAACCUAAUGUCUGAGAAUAAACAGACAAGCAAUUAUGCACUUUCCGAUCCUCCAACGUUAUCUUUGUUGGGACAUUUUUCAAUAAAUGUAUGUAUGUAUAGUACCCUUCCCCUUCCCCAAUUUGACGAUGUCCCUUUAAUUUCAAAGAAGUGACAUAUAUUAGAAGAUUUUUCUUCGGGCAUAUGUACUGUAGUCGGCAAAAGU